AUGCUAGCAUAGCAUAUAGACACACCGCUUUAUUGGCAGUAUGUCUUCUGUACCCAGAAUUGUGUCUCUGUCUCAAACAAACAACAACGAACGGAUCUUACAACCCCAUACCAUACUCUCCCUCACCACAUCCCUUUCUCACUCUAACUUCUGUUCUCUCUCUCUCUCUCUCUCUCUCUCUCUCUCUCUCUCUCUCUCUCUAACCAACAACCAUGGUUUUUUGAACUACAACUAUCAUUUUCUUUCCUUAACAACACACUCCUCGUGAACACUGCAUGUGAACCUUGUUUCUUAACAAGAGAUCUGGUUCUUCUUAAUUACUACUAACGGUAUCACUUUUUCUUUUUUCCCUUCUGAUUCAGGUGAUUCACCUUUUCUUUCACUCUUUCUCUCACUCUUUUUCUUCCCUUUUUAGUAAUGUUGUUACUUCUUCUUCUUCAUUAACUCUUUUUCUCAUUUUCUCAAACACUUUGCUACUUCAAUGAUUCAAUCACACUUCAGCUUUGAAAUAAUGGGGUCUUCUCUUUUUCUCUUUUCUUUGCUUCUGUAGUAUCAAAAUUGUAUCUUGGAUGGUGGUAGUAGCAGCAGAAGCUGAAGCAGCACUCUGGUUUGGUUCAUAAAGUUCGUUUUUUUGGACUUUUGUUUGGUUCAAUGGGUUUGAGGAAGUAAUGGGCAGUGUCAUUUUUGGAAGUUUUUGGUGAUUAUUGAUGAUUCCUCUUGAAGGGUGUUUAGUUUUUGGCUUGAAUCUUGGUUCAUGGAAUAAUUGACCAUGAGAGUCGCUGUUUCCUUUUUGAGAUUCUUGUAUCAGUAGGGUUGGUGUUCUGAUCAUGACUAGGGCUAUUCGGAAUAGGGUACUCAAAGAUGCAAAUGGUGAUAUUAGUGACCAUCUACGCAACCACAUCCAUUUAACAAAUUGUAUUCACUUGAAGAAUCAUAUGCAUAAAAACAGUCCAAUACUCGCUGAUAGGUCUAUUAUGAGAGACCUUGUUGUGCUGCAAAGAUCUCGUUCACUUCGGGAUCCUUCUGCGAGUCCUCCGUCAUGGCACUCUCCUUCUGUAGUUGACUUGCUUUUCAAAAGAUCUGAAAACGAUGCCGUGAUUCAAGGGGGUAGAAGGUCUGUUGGUAAUGACAGUAAGAAGGGAGGUAGGAGAUUGUCUGGAAUUGGAAACUCGCCACCAUUGGCUAGUAAAGGUACAUCGAGAGUUGCUCCUGGUGAGGCUAGUAGGGGUUUUGAUGUGGUACCGGCGGCAACUAGUGAACGAAGUAGCAGGAGCGGAAUGGGGGAUAGGAGGAGAGUUGGGAGAGAAGAAUCUGGAAGGAAGAGUAAUAGGCCUGACUAUUUGGAAGUUAUUAGUCAAGAGCAACUUCUUCAUGAGGCGGGCAAAAGUUUGGCCGAAGAUGUUGUUUCGAGGCAUUCUCAAUCGAUAGAUAGAAAGAGUAGACAGAGGGGGAAGAAUGUUCGAGACGUUCCAGUUAAGACUCUUUCUGAACAGCUGAAUGAUGUUCCUUUGGAUAGUGAUGAUUUAGCAUCAUCUAACAUUCAUUUUCGGGCAAGGUUUCCACGACAGGAGAAAAUUAUUGAGGAGGCACAACAAGCCAGCAUGCGCGGUCAUGGUAAUGGAUUGAAUAGGGUAAAAAGGCGUAAAUUUCGAAGUGUAAGAAGAGCUCGGGUUGCUACAACGUCAAGAGACAUUGGAGCUGAGAAUGAAAUGUCAGUGGCUUCCAACUCAUUAGCUCAGGGUUCGGCUCACGAGAAAUAUCACUCGGAAGAGGUUGAUGAGUAUGCAGGAGAUAAUGUUACCAGGGCUCCAAAAAAUGGGUGUGGCAUGCCUUGGAAUUGGUCCAGAAUUCAUCACAGAGGUAAAACAUUCCUUGACAUUGCUGGAAGAAGUUUAUCUUGUGGCUUAUCUGACUCGAGGUUAAAGAAAGGGACAUCAUUAACUUCCAAUGGAAGAAAUGUUUCUGCGAUGCCUUUGGCAGCUGACUGUUCUAGCUCAUGUACUAACUCUGAGGCAGAGGCACUGCCUUUACUAGUUGAUGCAUCUGGAUCUCAUGGAAGCUCCGAUAAUGCUUGCUGGGGCCGUGAUUAUGCGGGUGAACUAGGUAUUUACGGUGAUAAUUUAUUCAAGCAAGAUAUUGAUUCGGAUCUUGCUUCUGAAGCUAGAUCUGGUGGCCAACAUAACUUGAGACGGAAUCAUCAUAGUAGACACCAAAGUUUAACACAAAAAUAUAUACCACGAACCUUCAGAGAUAUGGUUGGACAGAAUUUAGUGGCGCAAGCUCUUUCGAAUGCAGUGACUAGACGGAAAGUUGGAUUGCUGUAUGUGUUUUAUGGUCCUCAUGGCACCGGAAAAACUUCCUGUGCUCGCAUAUUUGCCAGAGCUUUGAAUUGUAGUUCGUCGGAACACCCAAAACCUUGUGGCUUUUGCAAUUAUUGCAUAGCACAUGAUAUGGGAAAGAGUAGAAGUAUAAGGGAAGUUGGUCCAGUCAGUAAUUUUGACUUUGAGAACAUCAUGGAUAUACUCGAUAAUAUGAUUAUUUCUCAGCUUCCGUCACAGUACAGAGUGUUUAUUUUUGACGAUUGUGAUACUCUGUCAGUAGAUUGUUGGAAUGCUAUAUCCAAGGUCAUUGAUCGAGCACCUAGACGAGUGGUUUUUAUCCUUGUUAGUACUAGUCUUGAUGUCUUGCCUCAUAUAAUAAUAUCCAGGUGUCAAAAAUUCUUUUUCCCAAAGUUAAAGGAUUCAGAUAUCGUAUAUACACUGGAGCGGAUUGCAACCAAAGAAGGGCUAGAUAUUGAUAAGGAUGCCUUAAAACUCAUUGCAUCAAGGUCUGACGGAUCAUUGAGGGACGCUGAGAUGACACUUGAACAACUUAGUUUGCUUGGGCAGAGAAUUUCUGUUCCUCUUGUUCAAGAGCUAGUAGGGCUUAUAUCUGAUGAGAAGUUAGUGGAUCUACUUGACUUGGCAUUAUCUGCGGACACGGUAAAUACUGUGAAGAAUUUGAGAGUGAUAAUGGAAGCAGGUGUUGAACCAUUAGCUUUGAUGUCACAGCUUGCUACAGUAAUUACUGAUAUACUUGCUGGGACCUAUGAUUUCACUAAAGAAAGACGUAGAAGGAAAUUCUUCCGAAGACAACCAUUGUUCAAAGAAGACAUGGAAAAGCUUCGCCAAGCUCUGAAAACUUUAUCUGAGGCGGAGAAGCAGUUAAGGAUGUCCAAUGACAAGCUAACAUGGUUAACAGCUGCGUUGCUUCAACUUGCUCCUGAUCAGCAAUAUGGGUUGCCUACUUCAUCUGAUAAUAGUUUCAACCAUAGUCCCUUCGCUCUAAAUAAUGGAAAUAUAAAAGAAGCUACGAGAAACACCGGUAAUCCUGUUGAAAUUCCUAACAGAACAAGGAGAAUGUCAAUGGAUGCUCGAAUGGAAAAUUCUCAUGCUGGAAGUUCAGCAGAUAGAAGGCAUAGUGUGUCUGGUUUUGCUCCUCAGCAUACUUGUUCACAUUCCACCGAUAAGACUAGGAUAAAUGAAAGGCAGACUUCGGAUAGAAACCGCAAAGAAAUUGAAGAGAUAUGGUUAGAGGUGCUAGAGAGAAUUCACUAUCCUGGUCUCAAAGAGUUUUUGUAUAAAGCAGGAAACCUAAUCUUCAUUAGUUUCGGGGCAGCUCCAACUGUGCAGCUAAUGUUUAACUCUCAACUUUCCAAAUCUACUGCUGAGAAGUUCACUGCUCACAUCUUACAUGCAUUUGAAUCAGUCCUUGGAUCUUCUGUAGCCAUAGAAAUAAGAUGUGAAUCAAAUAAAGAUGGAGGCUCUCCUGUUCAACUGCCUCUUGUAUUGCCUUCUGUCAAUGACGGUUCAUCUCAGAUGAGAGACUUAAAUGACGUUGGCACUGAAAAGAGAAGGAGUGAAAUUGUAGAAGAAGAAGAAGAAGCUUCUCAUAUGGAGCAUAAGCAUAAUGAGCAGCAGGUUGAUGCUCACGCAACAUAUAGAAGUCUAGAAGGUACAAGUACGGGACAAGUGUCAGCUUCCCAAAAAAUACCGAUUGUUAAGUCACAUUCAGACCGAAGAAAGCUUAGUGAGCUAAGUCAAAGUCGAAGUCUUGUAAAAAGUAAGGUAUCUCUUGCUCAUGUAAUCCAGCAGGCAGAAGGUCAGCGAAGUGGGUGGUCAAAACGCAAAGCGGUUUCUAUUGCUGAAAAGCUUGAACAAGAGAAUCUGAGACUGGAGCCAAGAUCAAGGAGUUUACUAUGCUGGAAAUCAUCUAGAGCGACACGUCGGAAGCGGUCGCACUUGAAAAUCCAAAACCGAAAGACACGAGCAUUGCUGAACCUUGUCUCGUGUGGGAAAUGUCUCUCCACAAAAUCUCCGAGGUAGUUUUGAGUAUCUUUCAAGGAUUAGGUUCAUUCAAUAGGUUAUUUGUAUUGCCUUACAGUGUCAAGCCUUUUUUCUUCUUUCUUUCAUUGAAUUAAAUAAAAGCAAGUAGUUACAUUUAUUAUAUAUCAGAUCAGAUAUCAGAUGAGGAAAAUGUAAGAAAGUAGUCAAUUCCAUUUUAGUGAUAAGAUAUUGUAUAUUUUUCCUUCCUAGCAAAUUAUUUGAUGAAAAUUUCAAACUAUUGAUUUGCAUUAUUUGCAUUUAUCAAGUUACCAAUCUAGACCAUUGUGUCA